GCGGCAGCGGCGGCGCUGGCACCAUGUUUCUUCUCCACACCGUCAACCUUUGGAACCUGGCAUUUUAUGUAUUCAUGGUUUUCCUGGCAACCCUAGGGUUGUGGGACGUCUUUUUCGGCUUCGAGGAGAACAAGUGCAGUAUGAGCUACAUGUUUGAGUACCCCGAGUAUCAGAAAAUAGAACUUCCCAAGAAACUGGCAAAACGCUAUCCUGCAUAUGAAUUAUAUCUUUAUGGAGAAGGAUCCUAUGCUGAAGAACAUAAAACUCUCCCCUUGACAGGUAUUCCAGUUAUCUUUCUUCCUGGUAAUGCUGGAAGUUAUAAGCAAGUUCGUUCUGUUGGCUCCAUUGCACUUAGAAAGGCAGAAGACAUUGACUUCAAGUACCACUUUGAUUUCUUUACUGUGAAUUUCAAUGAAGAACUGGUGGCGCUGUAUGGUGGAAGUCUUCAGAAGCAGACCAAAUUUGUGCAUGAAUGCAUUAAAACAAUCCUCAAACUCUAUAAGGGUCACGAAUUUGCUCCCAAAAGUGUGACGAUAAUUGGUCAUUCUAUGGGUGGCCUUGUUGCAAGAGCAUUGCUUACGGUGAAAAAUUUUAAACAAGAUCUGAUAAAUCUUCUUAUUACACAAGCAACACCUCAUGUUGCCCCCGUGAUGCCAUUAGACCGCUAUAUCACAGAUUUUUAUCUGACUGUAAACAACUUUUGGAUUCUAAAUGCUAGACAAAUAAAUUUAACCACACUUUCUGUAGCUGGAGGAUUUCGGGAUUACCAAGUUCGCUCGGGACUGACUUUUCUACCAAAAUUAAGCCAUCACACCAGUGCCUUAUCUGUUGUGAGCUCAGCUGUGCCUAAGACCUGGGUCUCAACAGACCAUCUCUCCAUUGUAUGGUGUAAGCAAUUGCAGUUGACUACAGUUCGAGCAUUCUUUGAUCUUAUUGAUGCUGAUACUAAACAAAUAACUCAGAAUCCUAAGAAGAAAUUGUCAGUUUUAAAUCACCACUUUAUAAGACAUCCAGCAAAACAAUUUGAGGAAAAUCCAGCGAUAGUUUCUGACUUAACAGGCACAUCUAUGUGGGUUCCAGUAGAAGUAUCCAAAUGGUCCUAUGUUGCUUACAAUGAAUCUAAUAAGAUAUAUUUUACAUUUCCUCUUGCAAAUCAUAGAAAAAUCUACACUCAUGUCUAUUGUCAGAGCACCAUGCUGGAUACAAAUAGUUGGAUUUUUGGCUGCAUAAACAGUUCUUCUAUGUGUCAGCAAGGGGUUGAUUUAUCAUGGAAAACUGAAUUGCUGCCAACAAUUAAGUCUCUGACAUUAAGACUUCAAGACUAUCCAUCUUUGUCUCAUCUUGUUGUUUAUGUGCCAUCUGUCCAUGGAAGUAAGUUUGUUGUAGAUUGUGAAUUCUUUAAAAAAGAGACAAGAUCCAUACAGCUUCCUGUAACUCAUCUUUUUUCCUUUGGAUUGUUUUCAAGGAAAGUUGUAUUAAAUACAAGUGGACUGUUCUAUAAUAUAGAGCUUCUGAACUUUGGACAGAUAUAUCAAGCUUUUAAAAUCAACGUAAUAAGCAAAUGUUCAGGAAUCAAAAAAGAAAUAACUAGUAUCUAUAAAGUUCAUAUUCCCUGGUCUUAUGAAGAUUCACUGACUAUUGCACAGGUUCCAUCUAACACAGAAAUCUCUUUGAAACUUCAUAUUGCUCAACCAGAUAAUGACAGCCAUACUGCAUUAUUAAAAAUGUAUACCUCAUCGGACUGUGAGUAUGAGGUGACAGUUAAGACUUCCCUUUCACAAAUACUUGGACAGGUAGUCAGAUUUCAUGGUGGAGCUCUUCCUGCUUAUGUUAUAUCUAGUAUCCUACUUGCGUAUGGAGGACAGUUAUACUCUCUCUUCUCAGUAGGUCACUGCUUAGACUUUGCAACUAUGUUGGAUAAGGAAGCCAAACCAUACAAAGUUGAUCCUUUUGUCAUUAUAAUUAAAUUUCUAUUGGGAUAUAAAUGGUUUAAAGAAAUAUGGGAUCUGUUAUUCCUACCAGAAUUAGAUGCCAUUGUUUUGACUAGUCAGAGCAUGUGUUUCCCCCUGGUAUCCUUGAUUCUCUUUCUGUUUGGAACAUGUACUGCCUACUGGGGUGGCCUGCUUUCUUCUACGUCUGUGAAACUCCUAUCUUCAUUGUGGCUAGCUGUGAAAAGACCGUCUGAACCUCCUAAAGAUAUCAAGAUGACACCAGAUUUGCCCUGCUUGACAGUUGUUUUGAUUAUAGUUAGUUGGACAACGUGUGGAGCAUUUGCCAUAUUUCUUACUUAUCUUUACUAUUUGUUUAAGAUUGUUCAUCUGCAAGCCAGUCUAACAACUUUAAAAAAUACCCAGAGUGUGAAUGCAAAAAACUCUAAACGAAGUGAAAAAAAGUCCAGUCACCCUAAAGACUCUACAAUAUACCAUCUUCAUUUAUCUUCAUUUAGUGAUGUUGAAGAUAGUCUUCACAUGCACAAUACCGUGAUUAAUUUGUUAACAUGGAUUGUAUUACUCAGCAUGCCGUCUCUAAUUUAUUGGUUUAAAAAUCUCAGUUAUUACUUCAAGCUUAAUCCUGAUCCAUGCAAACCUUUGGCAUUUAUCCUUAUUCCAACUAUGGCAAUUCUUGGAAAUACUUCUACUGUUUCAAUAAAGUCAAGUAAAUUAUUGAAGACCACUUCACAAUUUCCACUUCUUCUGGCUAUCGGUGUGAUUGCUUUUGGGUCAACACAUUUAUAUAGGGUUCCUUGCUUUGUCUUCAUUCCCCUUUUGCUCCAUGCAUUAUGCAACUUUAUAUGAUACUGGUUUUUAACAAACUCUAACAAUGAUUUAUACCUUUAGGGCCAGAGGAUAUCACUGCUCCAUUGAUGAGGAUGACUAGAUCCUUUUGAGAAGACAAGGCUAUUUUUACAGUUAUUGAAAAUAGGAAAAAUUAGUUUUUUAGUGCUUAAGGAAAGUAAUUUAAGCAUGGUUUUAUUUUGUGGUAUGGUAUUUGUGUGCUAGUAAUGUUUGAAUUAUUAGAAAAGGGUUUAGUGGUUACUGUCUUUGAGGACUCCUCUGUGUAUCAAUCAGCUAGUCUGGUUGAUUGACUAUAGCAGGAAUCUUCUAGAUACACAGCAAAUGUAGCAUUGUUUGUAAUCUCACCUCUGGCAUUCUUCUCAUUUCAUCAAACUUUCCUCUAUGAAGUGGGUUACUUAGUAUUUACUUUUGUAUACAUCCUGAGAAAUAAGUCUUAAAAAUUGAUGAAAUCAUAACUGUUAGAUCCCUCAAAAAUGAAAUGUCCAUUAAAUCAUUGGUCAGUUCUUGGCAGCUAUAAGUGAACAAAGUGGCUCUUUGUUUUCUUGUACUUUAUAAAAAUAUAAAUUUUAAUUCUAAACAGCAGAUUAUUUUUGGUAACCAAUGCAAUAUUGAUAGAUGAAAACAAUAUUCAGAUUCAGAAUUUAUUGGAAGUUUUUGUUACUUCUCAAAUGCAAAUCUUAUUUUUUAUUCUUGAUGCAUAUUACAAGAUUAUUGAAGAGAUCUAUUGCUAAAUUUAAAGAAAUUCUCCUAGAUAUUAACUAGCAUUAGAGUAGUUUAUUCAUUCAAUCUCAGUACCAUUUUAAUCAAUUCAUUGGUUACCAAAAGUGCCUGUGGUCAUGUUGUAUUAUUGAAAUAAUUAAAUUCCAGGAACUAGAAAGAUAGUUUUGGAGUUAAGGAAUAUGCAGCAGACCCUGGUUCAAUCCUUGGCACUACUUAUGGUUCUCCAAUCACUACUAGAUGUGAUCCAUGAGCACAAAGUCAGGAGUUCUCCCUGAGCCCUGUCAGGUGUGGCCCAAAACCCCAAAAUAAAUAAUUAAAUUACAGUCUUCAGAAAAGACUAAGUUUGCACAAGUUUUGACACUACAAGAAAAAAGCAACAUGAUUAGGUGUGAUAUUAUAUUUAUAGUUCAACAUUAUAUUAUUAGUGGUAUGAUUGUAGACUUUUUCCGUUAAUUGUAUAGGUGUGCAUAGUAAAGCUGUAUAAAUUUUAUGCUUUAUUCCCUGGGUUUAACAGUGGAAUCUUAAUUUGACAAGAUGAAUUCUGUUCACCAGACAUAAGAGUAAUGUUUCUCUUUCA